AUGCUCUUACUUAAGCCAAGAGAUGAACAGGGCCACAACACUAUCUCUCUAUCUUUCUAUCUUGGUCCAUUCAUCUAUUUAUUUAUCUAUCUAUCUAUCUAUCUAUCUAUCUGCACAUAUGUUGGAUUUUUCAUUUUGGUCAUUCAUCUAUCUAUCUAUCUAUCUAUCUAUCUAUCUAUCUAUCUAUCUGUUAUGUUUUUCUUAUCUAUCUAUCUAUUUCUAUUCAUUCCUUCUUUUUUUUUCUUUCUUUCUAACCUUUUUUAUUUCUAUUUCAGCAUUUUCAUAUCUAUCUAUCUAUCUAUCUAUCUAUCUCUUAAAAUCUAUCUAUCUAUCUCUCUAUUAAAAUCUAUCUAUCUAUCUAUGUAUCUCUUCAAAUCUAUCUAUCUAUCUAUCUAUCUAUCUAUCUAUCUAUCUAUCUAUCUCUUAAAAUCUAUCUAUCUAUUCAAAUCUAUCUAUCUCUUCAAAUCUAUCUAUCUAUCUAUCUAUCUCUUCAAAUCUAUCUAUCUAUCUAUCUAUCUAUUAAAAUCUAUUUCUCUAUCUGAAUGUCUCUUCUUCAUUAUUUUUUUCUAUAUUUUGAUCCUUUCAUAUCUAUCUAUCUAUCUAUCUAUCUAUCUAUCUAUCUAUCUAUCUAUCUAA